CCGUUAAUUGACAUCCACCUAGUGGGGUCUAGUAGCGACAAGUGUAGCGCUACAAAAUCAUUUUGCGCAUUCAAAUCAAAUGACCCGCUGAGGUCUUCGUUUGCUUUUCCUGCACAAAGCUAAGCUGUGAUAUAGUACUACUUGUAUACUAUAAAUAAACCCGAGCGUUAAAUUAAUUUCGUUUCGCGUCUUUAAUUGAGAAAGUGUUUAUAGUGCGAGUAUUCCAAACCAUACAAAAUGCAGUGCUUGCUGAUCCUAUUUUGUGGCGUAGCUGUGGCCUGGGCGGCGGUUACUGUACAACCACCACCUCUGAUCCAAACACUCAGCGCUGGCGGUGAUAUCGGACCGGAAUUCAAGCUGGACGAGCAGGGAAGAAUUGUUGAAGAUGCGCAAUAUUGGCACAAGGUGGGACUGCAACAGCUGGAGAAGACAAUACAAAAGGCCAAAAGGGCGAAGGAAAACUCGUAUGAACGCAAGGCCAAAAAUAUUAUUAUCUUCAUUGGCGAUGGCAUGGGUCUGUCCACCAUAAGCGCCGGUCGCAUCUACAAGGGACAAUACCUGAAGACCGGCUUUGGAGAGGAGACUAUGCUCUCUUUCGACGAAUUCCCCAACACCGGUUUGGCAAAGACCUACAAUGUGGAUAAACAGGUACCCGAUUCUGCGGGCACAGCAACGGCAAUUUUUACCGGCGUUAAGUCCGAUUAUGGCGCCAUUGGCAUGGACACUACGCGAUCCGAGACCAACGCCACCCAGGGACAACUGGAGUCGAUAAUGGACUGGGCUCAACGGGAGGGCAAACGUACCGGUGUGGUGACCACAACUCGAAUCACCCACGCAACGCCUGCCGCCACAUAUGCGCGCAUCUAUCAUCGGGACUGGGAGUGCGAUACUGAGGUGCCCCAACAGUCGGUGGGCAUACAUGCCGAUAUAGCACGCCAGCUGGUUGAGCGUGCUCCUGGCAAUAAGUUCAAUGUGGUGCUUGGUGGCGGUCUGUCGCCGAUGGGAGCGCUAAACCAAAGCGAAGUGCGAACCGUAAAAUUUGAGGGAGAUACGGAGACGAUUUGCACACGUGGCGAUCAGCGAAAUCUGGCAGAGGAAUGGCUGAAGCUGCAGCAGAAUGGCACUGAGGGUUCACAGAGGGUGCUGGUAAAAACGCGGGAGGAUUUGCUGAAGGUGGAUGUCAAAAAAGUGGAUCACUUGAUGGGUCUGUUCCGCAACAACCACAUAACCUACUCGAUUGCUCGGGAAGAGGGAGAACCAUCGCUGCAGGAAAUGACAGAGGCCGCCAUUGGAGUGCUGGAACGUGGCACAAGCUCAGCCGGUUAUGUGCUGCUCGUCGAAGGUGGUCGCAUCGAUCAGGGUCAUCAUCAGAAUUAUGCACGUGCGGCACUCCACGAAGUCUACGAACUGGACUUGGCCGUGCAGGCGGCCCUCAAUAUGACCAAUUCCGAUGAGACUCUCAUCCUGGUCACUGCCGACCACUCACAUGCCGUCACCUUCAAUGGUUAUCCAUUGCGUGGAACUGACAUUUUGGGUCCCGCUAACAUACACAAGCCCAAAGAUCCAAUGGUCUAUGAGACCAUUACUUACGCCAACGGACCUGGCUACUUCGAUCACUUGGCGAAUGACACACGUCCACAGAACAGCUCCAAUGUGUGGCUGCCUUUGAAGUUAUUCAGCGAAGCGGAGCUGCAGUCCCCCACCUAUAGACACAUGGCUACGUUGCCUCUUAAGGAUGAGACGCACGGUGGCGAAGAUGUGAUUGUUUUUGCCAGUGGACCCGGUUCGAGUCUGGUGCGUGGCGUCUUUGAGCAGAAUUAUCUUGCCUAUGUGAUGAGCUAUGCUGGAUGCAUGGGACCUGCCAAAGCAAUCGAUGGAUCAUGCCAAAAUCCCCUGAUCGGAUCAGUAGGCACCAGUACAAGCAGCGGCAUUAGCCUAACAACCACCAUCCUACCAAUUAUGGCUGCUAUUCCGGCACUCAUUUCGACCAGACGUAGUCUUUGAACUUAUAUAGUUGUAGACCUUAAUAUUUAGUGUAAUAUAGUAAUUCAUUCUAAACACUCACGUAAGCCACAAGAGAGCAGGCAAUGUCGCCAUGGUUUUUCCUAAUUUUUCCAUAUGCGGCAUUUUCCAAAUAAAACUGUUACUGAAACCAAAA